AUGCCACCAAAAAUAGGUAAAUUGACAAGUCUUCAAACAUUAUCAAACUUUAUUGUUAGCCAAGACGAGGGGACUACCAUAAAUGAGUUGGGCAACUUAGUUCAUCUUAGAGGGACACUUUGUAUAUCAGGCUUGGAAAAUGUGGCGGAUGCUCUGGAUGCCAAGAGGGCCAAUUUGAAUAAUAAACAAGGCUUAGAUGUGUUGUUGAUGAAAUGGAGUAACAUCUCAAAUAAUUCUCGCAAUGGACGAGUUGAAGCACAAGUGCUUGACAUGCUAAGACCUCAUAAGAAGUUAAAAGAGCUUACCAUUAGUGGUUACCAUGGCCUAACAUUUCCAACUUGGGUUGAAAAUCCUUUGUUCUCUAACAUGAUCAGCUUGAAGCUCCAAAAUUGUGAAAAAUGCAUUUCCUUGCCACCUUUGGGGCACUUACCCUUGCUUAAAAGACUCUACAUUCAAGGGAUGAAGGCAGUAGAGAAUGUUGGACUCGAGUUCUAUGGAUUGGGCUGCUCAAAUCCAUUCCCAGCUCUACAAAUUUUAACGUUGGAGGACAUGCCGGAAUGGAAAGAGUGGUCUCUUUUUGGAGUCAAGAAAGUAGCUCAAGCAUUUGUUCUCUUGUCAGAGCUCUCCAUUAAAAGGUGCCCCAAGCUUUUGGGUAAAUUGCCCAGCAAUCUUCCUUGCUUGAGAAAGCUGGAAAUUGAAGAGUGCCCACUAUUGGUGGUUGCAUGGGUUCCAAGACCUACAGAGCUUUAUGAAGUGAGGAACACUCUUCACUUUGAUUCACUCACCUCCCUAUCUCUCAAAGACGUGUCAUUUCCGGACUCCUUCGGUAAUCCAGAAUUGGGUGAUGAUGAAUCAGUGGUGGAUGCAUGGCACAACCAUUUGAGCUUGCUGACUUCCCUGACAGUUGAAAACAUUCAGGGUCUCACGAGUCUACCAGGUUGGCUUCUUCAAGGGCUGACGGGACUCGAACAACUCUACAUCUAUGGCUGUAAAGACCUCACAUCAUUGUGGAAGAAUGAAUCGAUAAUACACCAUCAUCUCCCUGCCCUACGACUUUUGGUGAUUGAAGGUUGCCCCCAACUUAUUUCCUUGUUUGAAGAAGAAGACGAAGAAGGAAAAGACGGAGAAGAAGAAGCGGAGCUGUCAGGAGGGUUGCACAGCCUCAGAUCUCUUAAGGAGCUCAUCAUCCGCACUUGUCCACGUCUCAUCUCUUUUCCAAAGACAGGUUUGCCAUCUAUGCUCACAACACUGGAUAUAUACGAUUGUGACGCUCUGCAGUCCCUACCUGAGUUGAAUAGUCUCGAGUUUUUGGGUGUUUCAGAGUGUCCAUCACUCACGUACUUAAGUUUUUCCGGAACUGGGCUACCGCCCUCUCUCGAAUUCCUUUAUAUUGAAAAAUGUGAAAAUCUGGAAUCAGUACUAGCAGAGGAAGGGAUGAAAAUCAACUGUCCAUCUCUUCAAUAUGUUAUUGUCUGGGAUUGUGAUAGCCUCAAAUCCUUGCCUGAUGUGAUGCAAAAUACUUACAAUGGUGGAUGUCCCAGGAAUCUUUGCACAUUGCAUAUAAGCAAUUGUGAGAAUGUGGAGUCCAUUCCAGAAGGAUGGUUUACCGCAACCAAUCUUACAGAACUGAACAUCAAAGGGUGCAAGAAACUCAAGGGCCUGCCACACCAUGCCAGCAGCAGCAGCAGCAGCAACAACAACAACAACAACAAUCAGCACCACCACCAGCAGCUCACUAGUCUUCAAAAGUUGCAAAUAGAUAGUUGCGCUGCUGCUGCGGCAACCGGACUCGUAUCCUACAUUCUGAAAGAAGAGAGUUCCUCCUACUUCACCAAUCUCACUUCCCUUUACCUGUUCAAAGUUGACACGGGGGGCAAUAAUAAUUCCCCCUUAGAGUGGGGUUUGCACAGAUUGUCCUCUCUCAGACUGCUCUACCUCCACGAUCAUGGCUGGGCGUCUUUUCCGCCAAAAGAAGAGGAAGAAGGGAUGACGCUGUGGUUGCCCCCUUCCCUGAUCUCUCUGAGAAUCGUGCUUUUCCAAAACCUGGAGAAGCUGUCUUGCAAGGACUUUCGAAGCCUCCCCUCCCUCGAACAAAUUGCUAUCUGCGGUUGCCCCAAGCUCACCACCAUUACAGAGCUGGGGCAGCUUCCCUCGCUUUGGGAACUGGAGAUCUGGGAUUGCCCCAACCUCGCGUCGUUUUCCGCGGAGGAGAAAGGAUUGAGGCAGCUGCUGCCUCCCUCGCUUUUGAAAUUGGAGAUCAAAGGGGAUUGUCCAUUGCUGAAACGGCGGUGUGAAAAGGGUAAAGGCAAAUAUUGGGUUCUCAUCUCUCAUAUUCCUCAAGUCCAGAUAGACGACAAAUUCGUCUUUGACCCAAGCAGUCCAUAAAAGUUAUGAGAAGUGGAGAGUGUGUUAUGCUUCUUUGGAAGGUCAUUUUCACGAGUGAUACUUUGCAACAAGAGGAAGGGAGCCAGUAUUCAAUUAUUCAAAGCUUUCGCCCUUCAACUGAUACGUUUUUGGCACCAACCAUUUGGAGUUCAGCAUGGUGAAUUUUCAGGUUGUGGUGCUCUCAAGUCUCAAUGUGUUUUCAGAGUUUUGAGAAGUGGAGACUGUGUUAUACUUCUUUGGAAUGUCAUUUUCUCAAGUGAUACUUUGCAACAAGAUGAAGGGACACGCCCUUCAACUGAUACAUUUUUGGCACCAACCAUUUGGAGUUUAGCAUGGUCAAUUUUCAGGUUGUGGUGCUCUCAAGUCUCAAUGUGUUUUCAGAGCUCAGGAUGUAUCCAACUGGACGGUCAAAAUAUAUUUAGGUGUGUGCGUAUUUGCGUUAUAAGAUUUCAAGUCUUGUUUGUAGUGACAGAACUAUGAAGGUUAAAUUGCUAUGUGGUGUCUAAAUGCCUUUGAUUAUGUUGUUCUUCCGACUUUCCUUCUUCCAACACUCUCAUUUGUUAAUCAAAUCGUCCUCCACUUAUUUGGUAGUAUUAUUUCUGAUUCUCUGUAAGACUUUUAAGCUACUAGACUCAUAU